GCCGUCGCUCUUCCGGUCUGUGGAGCGCGCGUGCAGCCGAGCCCGCGGCGGGUUGGCACGUGGCUGCACCAUGCUGGUGCUGUUCGAGACCGCGGCUGGCUACGCUAUCUUCAAGGUCCUAGAUGAGAAGAAGCUCCAAGAAGUUGACAGCUUAUGGAAAGAAUUUGAAACUCCUGAAAAAGCAAACAAAAUAGUGAAGCUGAAACAUUUUGAAAAGUUUCAGGAUACAACAGAAGCACUUGCUGCAUCUACAGCUCUGGUAGAAGGAAAACUCAGCAAGAACUUGAAGAAAAUUCUGAAGAAGAUAGUAGCAAAAGAUGCCCAUGAGCAACUGGCUAUAGCAGAUGCCAAACUUGGAGGUGUCAUAAAGGACAAACUGAACUUAAGUUGUAUCCAUAGUCCAAUGGUUACAGAGCUGAUGAGGGGCAUACGUUCACAAGUUGAGGGGCUUAUCACAGGCCUUCCUUCACGGGAAAUGGCAGCAAUGUGCCUAGGAUUGGCACACAGCCUCUCCCGAUACAAGUUGAAAUUCAGUCCAGACAAAGUGGAUACAAUGAUUGUCCAGGCAAUCUCCCUUCUUGAUGAUCUGGAUAAAGAGCUGAAUAACUAUAUCAUGCGGUGUAGGGAAUGGUAUGGCUGGCACUUCCCUGAACUGGGCAAGAUCAUUACAGAUAACUUAACAUACUGUAAAUGUGUGCAGAAAGUCGGAGACAGAAAAAACUUUUCUUCCUCUGACCUCUCUGACAUCUUGCCUGAGGAGAUUGAGGUGGAUGUGAAGGCUGCUGCAGAGAUCUCCAUGGGGACAGAAGUAUCAGAAGAAGACAUAAGCAAUAUACUGCAUCUCUGUGAGCAGGUGAUUGAAAUCUCAGAGUACCGUACACAGCUGUAUGACUAUCUGAAGAACAGAAUGAUGGCCAUUGCACCUAACCUCACUGUCAUGGUUGGGGAAUUGGUUGGAGCAAGGCUUAUUGCACAUGCAGGUUCCCUUUUGAAUCUGGCGAAACACCCAGCUUCCACUGUUCAGAUUCUGGGUGCUGAGAAAGCACUCUUCCGAGCCUUGAAGUCUAAGCGAGACACACCCAAGUUUGGCCUCAUCUAUCAUGCUUCCCUUGUGGGUCAAACAACACCCAAGAAUAAAGGAAAGAUCUCUCGAAUGCUAGCAGCCAAAACAGCCUUGUCUAUUCGGUAUGAUGCCCUUGGAGAGGACAGCAGUGCUGAACUGGGAGCUGAGAACAGAUUAAAAGUAGAGACCAGAAUGAGACAGUUAGAAGAGAAGGGGAUAAGAAGAAUAAGUGGCACUGGAAAGGCCUUGGCCAGGGCAGACAGAUAUCAGCACAAGAGUGAAGUGAAAAUAUUUGACCCAUCUGGUGACUCUACGCUUCCUACUGUUGCAAAGAAGCGCAAAAUUGAGGAGGUGGUAGAAGAGGAGACAGAGGUUAAAAUAAAAGCAAAAAAGAUCAAAUUGGAACCCAAAGAACAGGCAAAUGCAGAAGAAGGCGAAGUUGUGAAAAAGAAGAAAAAGAAAAAAGAGAAAAAACAUAGAGCUGAGGAAGAGGCCGCUUUGGCUGAGGAGCCGUGUACUAGUACAGAAGUUGAGAGUUCAGAGAAGAAGAAGAAGAAGAAGAAAAUCAAAGAACAAGACGACUAAGAGGGAAAUUGAACCCUUUUGGUCUCUGCUUCUCAUACUAUUCUCUGGAACAGUUUCCCUUGCAUUCUUCUUCAAAACCUUCCUGUAUUGAGAGGGAGGGCAAGUGGAAGAUGAAUUUGACAGCCAUCUCCUGUGUCUUCCUAGAACAGAGUAUGUCAAUUCUCUGCUCCUAGGAAGGCCACUAGCCUUUUAUAAUUCCUCUAAUUGAUGAGGUCACAAUAUAUCCUUUACUCUUACAGUCAUUUUUUGUGAUAAUAAAAAAAACUUGCCUUUUGUAUAGACUUUUGAGCCAAGUUUUGUUUUACCUUGUUCCAGUUUGUUGGCACAUAACUCAUUUCUGUAACAUUUCUACAUUAAUUGAAUGUGUUCAGUUUAUAACCAGUAAAAGAAAAGAAAAUCUGGUAUUCU